UUUUACAAAACGCACUUCAAUAUACUCGUAAUACGAGUAUGUAUAACAUUCGUUUUCCUUUUCGACCACGAAGUUUGCGCGUAGUGCGGUAUUUUUUCAAUAAAAUACUCCGCUAAAAAUUAAAAUCGAAUUUAAGACGUGAACUCGAGUAAUUUUUCAAGUGACGGAUGAAAUGCGAUGAUACUCUCAUUUUAUUACCUAUUCAACGUGUAAAAUACUGCAGAUCAUUUACGUCAUAUUACCUAUUCGCGAAUAUACAUUUUUUUUCAAAUUCCAUUCAUGGAUAUCGACAACACCGUGUAUUUUUUCAUUGAUGAAAAAAUUAUGAAUACAGAUCCGGAUGACGAAACUUUCAACUGUAUGGAAAGAAUCGAACAGAAAUAUAUUCAAGAAGCAGAGGAGCAAGAAGCUUAUCGUUAUCCACAUCCUUCGACAAACACGCCGAUUAUACUCUUAUUAACGACAAUACUGCUGACGAGUUGUGCCACUGUUCUGACAUGUCUGAGCUUAAUGACCAGUCACUGGGAAUACAUCAGUUGGAAUAUUCAUAAAAUUCGAAACAUCGAAAAAUCAAAAGCACCCGUAAAUGCGCCCCCGUAUGUGAUUUUGGAACCACUGCUGGACGAUACGAUAGUCAAGAUUUCCAUUAACCAUUUUCUCUACAAUAAUAAACCAGAAAAUACGUCUUUAAAUGUGCAAGCGAAUGCAACAGUGACCGUGUACUUCGUGCCGAUGAAUGGAGGCAUUUGGACCAUGUGUGUGCAACUGAAUGAACAACAGCUGCAUAUUCUGAAAGGUAUAGAUUUUCCUAUAGACUGCAUUUAUUACCUGUCCAGUAAACAAUUCAAAGAUGAGGAGCAUUUGACCAGCACUUGGAACUACAGAAUGAAAAACGUUUCCAUAUCAUCGGCACUAGUUUGUUUAAUCCUACUCGUAAGUGCAGCAGUAAUCGGUACUUUGGGAAUUAUCAAACAUCAGUUGAGCGCUAUAUUAAUCACAGGAAUAAUGUAUUUACUAGCAGGAACGUUCGCUUUAAUCAUAGUGCUAAUUCUACACAUAAAAAAAAUAGACUACUCCGCGCAUCAAGAGAACUACGAUAAUUCGGGAAUAUUGAAUACCACAGUUUCGCACAUAAUCGACGACGGAAUCGUUCAACGAUCUCGCAACGCUGCUAACAUGCAAUACUCCAAGAUAUGGAAACAAUAUUAUACAGCUAGAGAAUUCAAGUUCGGCUGGAGUUACGAUGUUGGAAUUGUGGGAGUACUUAUUUCUAUGAUUACGAGCGUAAUGUGGAUUGUGAUGGCUAAGGUACUGAGAUACACGACUGUUGGCAUAUCUGUAUAGAUUUUUUUUUUUUGAGAAAAAUACUUACGUAAUAAAAUUUGAACGGAAA